AUGUCACCCAGUCAGGAAUCUGUAUACUCUGAGUAUGAGACUGACACCAGCCAGACCUCGAAGCUGAUGAGAAAAUUUAAAGAGACUCCAUUUGUGCCCAUUGGGAUGGCUGGAUUUACUGCGGUGGUUGGCUAUGGGCUGUACCGACUGAAGCACAGAGGUGACAUGAAAAUGUCACUCCACCUGAUUCACAUGCGUGUGGCAGCCCAGGGCUUCGUCGUGGGAGCAAUCACGUGUGGUAU